AUGGGCUCUGCGGACAACGCAACCCGCCGCCGCCGUGAGACGGAGACUACAUUGCCCACACGUAGCCUAGGCGGACGGGUCUCGUGUGGUAUUAUUCAUACGCCGACGCGAGGAUCUUGUUACAAGACCCUUUUUAGCGAGUCCAUCGGGAGGGCACUACGUAGUACGUCUAGCACCAUCACCACCACUUAUGACGCGAAGACGAAAAGAGGUAGAUGA